AUGCUACCAGCCAUACGAUCGUACUGUGCGACCACACAAAUCCCACAUCUGGGAAACCAAGAUGAACUUGUUGCAGCGCUCCAAGCACAAGGCGUACAGCCAAUCAAUGUGCUCCAAAACACAGCACCCGGACCAGGAGCCAGCCCAUCCGCCGCCGAACUUACCGCCAACAUCACCGAAUUGCUGCUCCAAUGCAGGGCGGAUUUUCUGAAACAAGCACAAGGAGAGGACUUUGAAGUCUACCUGCGCCGACUGGAAAUCGCAUUCAGUCAUGACGGUAUGUCCAAUAACACAAAAAUUGACUGCCUGAUUGGGCACACGACGCCUACAGUUGCGGCAGCAGCCCAAUGCCUCUACAACAAAGGAUAUCACAGCUACGAUGACAUCGCCGACUGGCUCAAGAUACAAUUCCUAGCCCUAUGGCCCCUGGAAGACGAAUCAUGGGCACAAUUCGGCAAUUGGCUACGGUGUGAGUACAUCCAAUACCUACCACUCAGCGCGAACGACCUACCGGGUCAAGAGAGAUCCAUCACCGCUGCCCUCAUUGGUCAACUACUGGCAAUCACCACUGGAGGACUCCACGCCCAUCUAUACUCCAAGGCGACCGCCAAUCGAACCCUCACAUGGGUCAAUUGUCUCGCGUACGCGGAUGAAUAUCGCCGCAUGCACCCCAACACUCCACACGCAUUGCCGGCCCCGCAGAACACGCAACAAGGCAACCGCCGACCAAAAACCAUGGCGUCAGGAGUACAGAAACAUUACUGUGACCACCAUCAAUGGUACGUCCUCCACACAACCACCGAAUGCUCGCUCGGGCAAAACCCAAGGCCCAACACGGCUACGGGCAACCAAUCACCACAAAACCUUCAAUCCUGUACCUACCACCCAGGUCGCCUUGUUGCACACUCGACAGCAGACUGCCAAAACAACCCGGCCAACCAGACUUACAGGUCACACGGCGACCAAUUGCCCGAACCAGGGAAACGCCAAGAUUGGGCAGUGACGGCUGUCCUCUGCUCAAUCCCCCAAGAUAUAGACAACAGCCUAACCAUCAUCAUCGGCAUCAAGGACAAACGCGUCACAGUGCUGAUCAACACUGGAGCCACCAGGUCAUUCAUGGCGACCAACGUCGCAGCUGAAGUAGGGCUCACACCCCAUCCGACAAAGGCAAAGAUCUCCGCAGCCAUCUUACACAUCUCCGCAGCCAUCUUACACAUCUCCGCCAACAUCAGCCACUUGGUAAGUACCACCUUUUCACUCGGUUCAGCCAACUAUUGCGCAACCUUCUUUCUACUCGCAAACGCGAGGUAUCCAAUAAUUCUUGGCCUCAAUACGCUAAAAAACCUCCCGUUUUGUGUAACACUCGACGGCCAACGAAUUUUUUCUGGGUUUCAAACCAUAAAACCCAUCAACAAAAGCCCGCAAGCUGAAACCAGCAAAGGCAUUACGUUCGUAAACGGCUCUCCCGCCAAACAACAGGCGGUCGCCCACCUACUUGCCAAAUACAAGGACAAUAUCUUCCAAUGGUCCGGGAAGCACGGACUGUUCCCCCAACACGUUGCAUCCAUCCUGACAAAUGGCCAAGAUCCCGGGCCACCAAGGUGCAUCCGACUGUCACCCGACAAAAUACCAGCAAUGACGGAAAUCCUCGCCAACUACACCAAAGCCGGCAUCAUCGAACCAGCACAGUAUCCGGUAGAAGACUACGACGAUUGCCCACUACCACCGAGUAUUGCGACUUUUGGCUUGCCGUUAGGUGCUACUUUGGAAUGGUGGCCUCCAAAGGCCAGGGCGCCGAAGCCCGUCUUUUCCACAUUUGUGCUUUCAUUAACGAAUGCACACAGUGAGGGAUCUGUGAAAUCGUGGUACGGAGCCGCAGUGGCAUUCUAUGAAGAACAUCCUGCCGAGAAAGUGACGCACGAGCAAAGAAAACUGUUGUCCUAUCCGGAACAGAGUGACCCGUUACAGUUGAGGGUGUUCGCGAAAAAGUGCAUUUGUUUCCUUUCUCAUUGGCCGUUUCUUGACGCCUAUCAAAAGUUCCUCAUGUUCCUACACCGUUUCGCCUUUUCGGGAGAGGCUCAUCCAAUUCCGAUCGAAAGAGGGCGCGCUUCUGUCGACGAGAAUGAAACGCUUUCAUAA